CAGGCGGCGGGGAGGAGGUGGAGCGAGCGGUGCCUUGUUUGAAGGCCGAAGCCUCCUCGCCUUGCUCAUCCUCAUGGCCUUCUCCUCCCUCCUUCCCAAAUCCUGCUCCCCUUUCCCCUCCUCCCUCACCAACUCCAUCGCCACCACUCGAUUGGCGCCGCUCCGCGUCAGCAUCCGCCCUCGGGCCGACGGCCACCGUCGGGGCCGCUCCUUCCUUACGAACCCUAUCUCCAACCCUCUCCACUCUCGAUCGGCGCCCGCCCGCCUCAGCUUUCGCGCUCGGGCUGAAGGCCGCCGUGGCAAACCCGAGGCACCACCGCCGCUGCCCCCGUCCCUGCCCCCCGAGAAGAAGUCGUUCGCCGUGGCCACCGGCGAGCUCUUCUUGGGCCUCGCAUCGUUGCUCGUCAGGAGCAGGGGCUCAGCUUUCGUCGCCGUGCCCCCUGACGCGGAGGUCUAUGUUGACGGUAGAGGGGGUUCGAACGGCUCUGUGGUGGAGGAGUCGGUCGAUGGAGAUGUGAUCUGGGAGCAGAGGUCGAAGGAUGUGGAGGCCGAGAAGGAGCGAAAGAAGGUUACGAGCCCAGGGUUCAGUUUCUCCGCGGCUGGUUUACUGUUUCCCUACCAUCUCGGGGUGGCUCAAUUCCUUCUCGAGAAGGGGUACAUUAAGGAAACCACACCACUCGCUGGCUCUUCAGCUGGUGCCGUAGUCUGUGUCGUAAUUGCUUCUGGUAAGACCAUGCAAGAAGCUCUGAUGGCAACCAAGAUUCUGGCUGAAGAUUGCCGACUUAAAGGCACUGCAUUUCGGCUUGGGGCAGUACUUAGGGAUGUUCUGAAUGAUUUUCUUCCAGAUGAUGUGCACACUAGAUCCAGUGGAAGAAUUCGUGUUGCUAUCACUCAACUAUUGUGGAGGCCAAAGGGAUUACUCGUGGACCAAUUUGACUCCAAGGAAGAUUUAAUAAAUGCAGUUUUUACGUCUUCCUUUAUUCCAGGCUAUCUAGCUCCUCGGCCAGCCACUAUAUACCGUAAUCGAUUAUGCAUUGAUGGGGGUUUGACAUUGUUUAUACCGCCAACUUCUGCUCCAAAUACGGUUCGUGUAUGUGCUUUCCCUGCCAGUCGAUUGGGACUGAAAGGGACUGGAAUUAGCCCAGAUUGCAAUCCAGAAAACAGAGCUACUCCGCGACAGCUUUUCAAUUGGGCCCUGGAACCUGCAGAUGAUCACAUCCUGGAUGAGCUAUACGAGCUCGGAUAUCUAGAUGCAUCUGUCUGGGCCAAGCUGAAUCCUGUGGAUACAAUUGUGGAAGAUGUAAAUGGUCAUAUCAGGACAUAAUUCCGAUGGCUUAAGGUAAUUGAUGGAUGUGAAGGAUUCAAACUGCCAUUCCUGGAAAUCAAAUCUGGAACAAGUUUACGACACAUAGAAGAUUUUAAUUCUUGUCAAAUGCCCAAAACUAACUCAUCAGGUUCGGAAAAAAGUCAUGUACCCUCCCUCUUCAAUAUUUCAAAUUCCUUGUGAAAGGAAGUGAUCUGGAUCGACUGGAUCAGGGUUGCAUAGAAUACAAAAGCACCAAGUCUUUUACAUGGAACACAAGAAUUACUCCUUGAAAUUAAAGAUUCAAAUAAUUCUCACUUA